ACCACGGCCAAGAAUUGCAUGGCGACUGUAGGGUAAAGUAAAAUUUCGCGUUCAAUACGGUUCCACUGUUGUUAAGGGUUUGUUCGAAAGCUCCGUGCGCUUGCUUCAAUUUUGUGCGAAACGCCAAUUACAAUUCAACUAAAAAUGUUCGUGUCGACAGUCUCUCGCAUUGCCCCUGUUGCCAGGACCGUGCUCCUCGCCAACUCCAAGCAAUACUUGCGACCAUUGAGCAGCGCCGUUAUCAGCCAGAGCCAAACUUUGGCCGCUCAGAACACAACCCCCGUAGCAUUACUGCCACAGAUCAGGUCAUUCCAGACCUCGCCAGUCACGCGUGACAUUGAUUCGGCUGCCAAAUUCAUUGGUGCUGGUGCUGCAACAGUCGGUGUCGCUGGUUCCGGUGCUGGUAUCGGAACAGUAUUCGGUUCCCUCAUCAUUGGUUAUGCCAGAAACCCAUCGUUGAAACAGCAGCUGUUCUCCUAUGCCAUUUUGGGUUUCGCCCUGUCUGAGGCUAUGGGUCUGUUCUGUCUUAUGAUGGCCUUCCUGCUGCUGUUCGCCUUCUAAGCGCCGCUCUACUCGUCCUUAGUUUUUCGUGCAAUUGUUUGCAGUGUGUGUGUGCGUGGGCGAUAUUGGGAUUGGAUAUUCCUAUCUCGAUGGCAAACCGCAUUCUAACGGCAAUCAGCGGCAGCGAGAAAGCAACGUAUAGAAGAAACACAUAACAACCAACAACCAACGUUCGUUUUUCGAUUAUUAUUGAUAAAUGAUUGAUAGCCAACAACAUCUUGUACUAUCUAAUUAUAAAAUAACAACAACAACCACAUAAUAUAUGUAAUUUUGUUUUUAAAAAACAUUCGAAACUGUAGUAGUCGCCUAAAAAAAAAAGCCUAGCAAAACAUCAUCGCGCAGAAAGAACACACUUUUAUUUAAGUUGAAACCAAGAAGAAAAAAAAAGAAACAAUACACUGCUAAUAAAAAAGAAAACAUUGGAAAAAAGAUCAGUUAAAGAGACAAACAGAACGAAGACACGAUUUAAACGAAAAGUUGAGAUUGAAAUUGUAAACAUUAAAAUUAAAUUUUAAUCAACGCAAGCUUCAAAUUCACACAGCAUUAGCCCCACACACAGAAAACGACACUUGCAUCUCCGCUGCGCCUUUUCCAUACAGCGAGAAGGUUGAGCCAGCUACCCAGCUCUCUCUCUCUCCCCCAAUUGCCUUGACAAGAACAUCCGUUGAGGUGGCGUGGGCAGCACGUGCAACUUUCUUGUUCCUCAAUUGAGAUCCUGAGUGUUGGCGAAGGCGUGGUGUGGUUACUUUCGUGUCGUUGUUAAUUUUGAAUUUAUGUGGCGCGUACUGAUAACGUUUCUUUAAGUUUAUUGUAUUUAGAACUUGUUUUUCUUUUUGUUUAAACAUUUAUUAAUUGCCACUUAAUCAUUGUCAUAUAGUCGAAUAAAGUGGGGUUUGUUCUAUUGGCUAGAACAACAAAAAAAUAGGUAUUUGAACGAUUGUGAAAUAAAGGAAAAAUGAAUGCGUUAAAGAACUAA